CAAGCUGCCAUAUAAUCUGAAGAAGAAGAAGAAGGAGGAGGAGGCGAAGAAGAAAAAGAAGAAAGUCAACAUGGCGUUCAGUUUUGGCGGCGCCGCGAGUAACCCAGCGGCAAGCACGUCCGGGUUUUCAUUCGGUUCAUUUGGUGCCAAAACCACAGCAUCAACCGCAGCAUUUGGCUUUGGACCUGCAGCCACUACCACCGCCUCAUCCGGAUUCGGCACUCUUACCGCCCCUGGUUUUGGGGCAGCCACCACCACCGCUGCUGCUGCACCAGCCACAGGAUUUAGUUUUGGCUCCACCAACACUGGAUUUGGGGGGCUGGGAGCUGGAAACACCACGGCUGGUGGGUUUAGUUUUGGGGGGAUUGGUUUAAAUGCCAACCCAGCAGCAGUCAGCUUUAAUGUGGGGUGCUUUGGUACAGCAACCACCACUGGCACUGUUUUCAAUUUUGGUAAUAGCCUGGCUAGCACAGGCGCGUUUGGUGGAUUUGGAGCAAAUACAACAACUGCCACUGCACCAGGGUCCACCUUUAGCUUUGCUACUCCCUCUAACGCCACAGGAGGCCUGUUUGGUAACACACAGAACAAAGGCUUUGGGUUCUCCUCUGGGCUUGGCGCUGGGACCACUGCUGGGACAACAGGAUUUGGAACUGGAUUAGGAACAACUGGCCUGGGUGGGUUUGGAGGCUUUAAUAUCCAGCCAACUCAGCAGCAGCCAGGAAGCUUGUUCGGCCAGCAACAGGCUCAGCCCAGCCAACUUUACCAGCAGGUCACUGCUCUGUCAGCUCCCACCUUGUUAGGAGAUGAGCGUGACUCCAUCUUAGCCAAAUGGAACCAAUUGCAAGCUUACUGGGGCACUGGCAAGGGUUACUACAGCAACAACAACCAACCGGUUGACUUCACCCAAGAGAACCCAUUUUGCAGGUUCAAGGCGGUGGGCUAUAGCUGCGUCCCAGUGAGUAAGGAUGAAGAUGGUUUCGUGGCCUUGCUUCUCAAUAAAAAGGAAGCCGAUGUGCGAGCUCAGCAGCAGCAGCUGGUGGAGUGCCUCCACAAAGUCCUGGGAAGCAACCAGACACUCACGGUCAAUGUAGACUGUGUCAAAGCCUUGCCUAAUGACCAGACAGAGGUGAUCAUUUACGUGGUGGAGCGUUCUCCCAAUGGCACCUCUAAGCGGAUCCCUGCCACCACACUCUUCAGUUAUCUUGAGCAGGCCAACAUCAAGAUCCAGCUCACACAGAUUGGAGUGGCAAUGUCUGUCACACGCACAGAGCUCUCUCCAGCACAGCUCAAACAGCUGCUGCAAAAUGCACCUGCAGGAGUGGACCCUAUCAUUUGGGAGCAAGCCAAGGUGGACAACCCUGACCCAGAGAAAUUAAUACCAGUGCCCAUGGUGGGUUUUAAAGAGCUGCUUCGCAGGCUGCAGAUCCAGGAGCAAAUGACCAAACAGCACCAGACCAGAGUGGAUAUUAUUUCCAGUGACAUCAGUGAACUGCAGAAGAAUCAGGCGACCACUGUAGCCAAGAUUGCCCAGUACAAGAGGAAGCUGAUGGAUCUCUCCCACAGGGUGCUGCAGGUGCUGAUAAAACAGGAGAUUCAAAGGAAAAGUGGUUAUGCGAUCCAAGUGGAUGAGGAGCAUCUCAGGGUGCAUCUGGACACCAUUCAGUCUGAACUCAAUGCCCCCACACAGUUCAAGGGUCGGUUGAAUGAAUUAAUGUCCCAAAUCCGGAUGCAGAAUCACUUUGGAGCUGUGAGAUCAGAAGAACGCUACAGUGUUGAUGCAGACCUCCUCAGGGAAAUCAAACAACACUUGAAACAGCAGCAAGACGGUUUAAGUCAUUUAAUCAGCGUCAUCAAAGAUGACUUGGAUGACAUCAAACUCAUAGAGCACGGGCUGAUUGACAGUGGACACAAGAGAGGAGGCAUGCUGAGCUGAAUCUACCCUACUAACACACACAUACAUAUGCUCUGACUCUCAUACCAAUCCUUUGAAAAGU